ACUCGUAAGUCUCAACACAGAAGAGAGUCGGUCCGCCCCUCGCCUCGAAGGGUACGGAGAGAGCAGGAAGGUUUAUAAACAUGAAACGAUAAAUUAAUAAAACAGACUCAAAAACAAAGCAACAGAACUCCGCCAAAUGCCAAUAACUCAUCCGUCGUGGACCGUCGACACGGACCUGGACGACAUCGACCUCGACCCCUCCGAUUUCGGAACAUCUAUUCCUCUGAAGAAGGUCCCAAACGGCGACGUAUUUUCGGCAUCCCGCGCAGGGGAUGUGGACCGCCUUCGGUACUUGCUGGAGACUGGCGUCAACGUCAACGCCCGGGACCAGUGGGAUUCGGUGGCUCUCUACUAUGCCUGUCUCGCAGGACACCUCGAUGCUGCGCGGAUGCUUCUCGAGAGCGGCGCUAUCUGCUCCGAGCACACAUUCGACGGCGACCGUUGUCACUAUGCCGCACUCAAUCUCAAAGUCCGCAAGCUAUUGAAGGCCUUUGAAGCACGCCCACCACCUUUGGCUCCAUUGCAGGCCGCGCUCAGGGAGACUUUCUUGGGUUGUGGGGUGAAUAGCGCAUAUUUGGAGCAUGCUAAUGCUACUUUCCGAAUUUCAGGUCUUUCGGCUAGUGCGGGACUCAAUUCCAACCACUUCCCUCCAGAUGUGGUAUUUUUUGUGCAUGGUAGACCCAUUGAGGCUCACAGAGCUAUAUUAAGUGCUAGGUCACCCUUUUUUAAAACAAAGUUUGAAACUGAUUGGAAAAACCGCAUUGAAGUGAGAUUCUCUAGGGAAAAGUUGUCGUAUCCCGCGCUUUACAGCCUCAUCCUCUUUUUUUACUCUGACAGACUAGAAAUUGCAGUAGAUGACAUGGAGGAUCUUGUGAAAAUAUGCAAAGUGUGCAAAUGCGAAUCAUUGCAGAGUAUAAUUGAGAAAGAAUUGGUUCAUCAAAAAUUUGCGGAAUAUAAAUCACUGAGGGAUUUGGACAACUAUCAGAAACGAUUUAUCUUACAAGGCUUGUCCCUUCCUGAGGAAGAUCGACUUCCUGCUGCCUUGCACCGGAUCCUUGAGAUUUCUCUUGCAAAGUCUACUAGGGAACAGAACUUUGACAAUGAUGUUGAUAGAUUGGUAUCAUCUUUUGAUGACAUUCAGAUGAGUGAUGUCAUAGAUGAUCUUGCAGAUGUUUGUAUAAAAGUUGAUGGGAGGAUAUUUCGCUGCCAUCAAGUGAUUUUAGCAUCGAGGUCUGAAUAUUUUAAAGCAAGAUUAAUGCGUAUGAAGGGUUUUGAUGAAGGGAAAGAUGGUUUAUCUAGUUUAAAUCUUCCAUGUCUUGAAGAACACGACUUGAGCAUGGAGGCAUUUGAAAAAAUGAUUGAGUAUAUGUACACUGAUGGUUUGAAGGAUAUAGAUCCAGAUCAGGCAGAGGAAAUGUUCGAUGCUGCUUCAAGAUAUUUAUUAUUUCCUCUGAAGCGUGCUGUGGCUGAUGCACUGUUGACUUAUCUGGAAUUGGUCUCACCAGCAGAAUUGUGCCACUGGUUGAUAUUGUCGGACAUGUAUGGUGUCUUGAAGAUUCGAGAGCAUUGUCUAGAUACAAUAGCUUGUAACUUCGAGACUUUUGCUGACACUCCAGAGUUCCGAGCAAUGCUUUUGACUCUGCCUCCACCAUCUGGAGAUUCCUCUCUUCGCACCACUGCUCCAAAUGCGCCAGGGUCUGUGAUGAACACGGAUCAAGGUAAUCUUCUUGAUGAUUUACGAGAGAAAUGGCUUGAAGCUGAAGCUGCUGAACUUGACAAGAGAGAUGAGAGUGCUCUACUAUUUGACAAGCGACUUGAAAUGCUUAUGCUUGUGGCAGAGCAAGAAAAAACUGAACAAGAAAAUCACAUUGCAUUUGCUUGUGAAAGUCGAGAUUGCCAUGCAUGAUGUAUUUUCUUCUUGCCCAAGUGAGGAAAUGUGUGUCUUAGACAUUCUUUUUUCAGAUGUAUAAAUAAACACUUUCCCUUUGUAGCAUGGGAAGUUUGUAAUUUCUAUACCAUGUAUAUGCUUCUGGGGUGUUGGAGUUGAUUUUGUAACAUCGGGUGGUGGCAA